AUGGUCUCCAUCAUGUCCUACCAGUAUCCUCCUCUACCAAACACUCCCGAGGUGGACAUGUCUCACCCCGGGUACGCGCCCGGCUACAGCGCGCCGGCUCCGGGUCCUCCGAUGAUGGUCCCGAGAUCCCACGAUCAAUCAAUCAAGGAGCGCGAGGAAUCCUUCCCACAGGCGAGUCUGAAGUUGAAACGUUCGAGGACUAAGCCUAAUGUCAGACCGCGGCAGGCCAACAUCCCCGACCCAAGCCAGGCUGCGUUGGCGAACGACAAGAAGAGAAACAAGCUAGGUUAUCAUCGAACCUCGGUAGCUUGUGGACACUGUCGUCGACGGAAGAUCCGUUGCAUCCCCUCGCCUUCCGACACCCUGGGCAGAUGUAUCAACUGCAUCAGACUGAAAAAGGAGUGUAGCUUCUAUCCCGUAGACCAGCCACCGGCACCGCAGUCGACAGAGGCGCGGCCAAAGGCGCCAUCCCGAGCUUCGACAGGGCCCAAGGUCACGUCUGCGUCUUCGUCCCCGGCCAUGGCUCCUGGCCAGUCGCCGGACAUGUCCCAAUACCAGCAGUAUCAGCACGUGGCGAUGCCUCCGGCAAACAUGGCCCCGCCUGCAAUGAGACCGGCGGGCGUCGAAGGGGGUAAGCUGAUGCGCUUGAUUGAAAGCCGAGGAGUUGCUAACAGCACAAUAGUGCCUUCUGGCGCGUCCUCGUCCUCUCGGUCGUUUGACUUUCAGGGUCAGCAAAUGGCAAAUUGGAUGCCGCAUGACGCGGCUUCCGGCGCUGCAAAGCCUUCUAACCUGAACGAGACGUGGACGUCGUACCCGCAGGAGUCUCCAAUCACGCCGUCCUUUUCGCCGUACACUCCUCAAGGACCUGGCCCUGCCGGUUGGGGGGCAGCCAUCAACACCGAUCCUAACAUUCGCGAAGAGAUGAACUGGGCCUCUUUUGUACCGGCCGGCUCGGUGCCGUUCCCCGGUCAAGCCCAGAUGCCGAACCAGUACGCCGCCAUGCCUCAAGGCCGCUCCUUUGGAAGGAAAUCAUCGACCAUGUCGAUGGACAUGUACUCAACCCCGCUUGCCACCUCGGUGGCCGGUUUUGACCCGCAAGGCGCAUCUCUCUCCGCCGGCGCAGUGCCACCCGCGGGUUAUGGAUCUUGGGAGCAACCGUAUACCUACACCAAGUCGAACGAUGGAGGAUAUGAAUGGAGCUACGACGACAGCCGCGAGCAGUAA